AUGAGAUUGAGCAGCGACGGCAGCGAAUCUUUUUCGCUGGUUGGAGAUGAUUUUUCAUUUCAGAGUGAAGGGAGGUCUCUCUUGAAGCUGGAUAUCCAUAGUGACAAAGGAUAUUCUCAUACUCGCAAUAUCCAAUUGAAUCAGCUCCUCAACAAGGCGGGAGAGAUCGCCUUUCGCAGACUAGUGGGCUUGAUCCGUAGAGGCAGCAGCUCGGCGGUCGGCCUGAGUCAUGUCAAACCGGAUGAUUUGUCUGUUCUGAUUAGCUAUUGUUCCAAAGACGACGACAAUGGUAGUAGCAUAGUGAUUGGAUCCAAUGAAGAACUCCGGCAUGCCAUCAUGGACAUGGAUACCAACUCGGAUGUCUUGCCAUUAAAAGUCGUGAUCACAGGACCCCCAAAAGAAGAAGAAGAACCCGCUAUUACCCAAGAGCCAUGCGACGAGGAAGACGAGGAAAGCCGCCACGACGCCAUCUUGACGGCCAUUGGAGCCAUGGAGGCACGACUCAGCUGUCAGCUUACCACUGUAGUGGGAGCCACAGAGGGACGCUUGCAACAAACCAUCCUCUUGAGCCAGCCAAAGGAAAAAGAAGAAAAAGAAGACCCACCAAAGAAGUCCGCUGCCACGAUCACAGAACCCGAGGACGUCAACAGCAAGACCCGUGUCGUGGUCCAGCAAUUCAUUGCGGAUGUCUGGAAUGGAUCCUCUGACCAGAAAACGGCCAUUACUCAGGUCUGUGAUCCCAGAGUACGUCUCAGUGGGGCUGCCCAGUGGGACAUCCAUAGUACUACCAAUAGCUCCAGUAGCACGUUGUUGCAACGAGUGGGCAUUGAUGGCCUGACCAGUCGUGUCGCCCCGGUCCACCAAUCACUCAAGAACUACAUGUGCGAGAUUCACUCCAUGGUCGUGGAAGGCAACAAGGCAUACUGUCGCCUCCGUCAUUAUGGAGAACACACCAAGCGUCCCAUUAUGGGAUUUGAGCCCACCGGUCGUGAGGUUUCCUGGACCGGUGCCAUGGAGUUUACUCUGUCUUCAGAAACAGGAAAGAUCCAAACCGUUUGGGAACUCGGUGACAUGAAUCUCAAAGCCGUAUUGGAAGAGAAUGCCACCAUGCAGCAGCGGCAAUAUUUUGGUGACAACCAAAACAAUAUCAACAUCAAUGGAGACGACAGUGUCGCAACGGCUCAGGCCUUCCCGGCGUCGGAUGUGGCGAGUGUCGAUGACAUUGGCUCUGUAGCUGCCGUCGUUGCUCAAACAAGGGAGCAUGUCGAUGACAUUAGCUCGGUAGCUGCCGUUGUUGCCCCGGCUGCAGCUGCAAGGGAGCCUCAGGCUUUUGCCAGGAGACAUUCGUCGUUGUGUCGCCCCGUCAACAGGGCCCGAGUCCUGGGGUUUCUCAAGAACGUCACGACCAUUCCAGUCGCUGAGGUUACCACUGCCGAGUGCGAGUGGGUGCAACAACCCGGUAGGUGCGACCCACCCAGCAACACGGAAGAGGCGUCGGAGGAUCCUCCUGGCACCUUGGAAGAGGAUGAAUAUGCCGAAGAUGACGCGAGCCAGGCAGAUAGCGUUCCUUCCCUCGUAGAGUCCGUUGGCUUGGAGCCCCCAAUGUUGAUACACGGCAGCGCCACCGGGCAACACCACGAAGGCAGCCAUGAUGCUGAGGAUGCCAGCGAAUAUGACACAGAAACCAACGUUCAUGUCGUGGCAGAGGAACAGCCAGAACAUUUCGAUAUUGGCGAAGGAGAAACCCAACGUUCCGAUCCGCCGUCCGAAACGGAGUCUACAGUCGAUGACCAGUCUGCAGUCGAUGAUCAGACUGACGUCGAAGCCGAGGACGCAGAUACAAAGGACAACAACGAAGAAGAAGGCGAGGGCUGA